AUGGACAGCUGAAUGACCCGCUGCGUCCUCUGUCAGCGUGCUAACAGACACUUUAGAGGACACGGUUGUGUUUUUAUUUGCUUCUUUCUCUCACCGGAAAGGCUGUAACUUCUGAGGGAUUAAAAAAGCCAAAGCAACAGGGAGAGCCCUUCCUUCACGCUGCGGGAGAUGGAGCCUCCAUCCAACCCGGGAGACAGCCCGGUGGAGUUGGAGUUCACGGUGGAAAAUGUGGAGUCGGCUCUCUACCAGCUGUACUUUGACCCAGACAUGGAACGCAAGAACGUGGCCCAAAAGUGGCUGACCCAGGCUCAGGCUUCUGCACAGGGAUGGCACUUCUGCUGGGCCCUGCUUGGUCCAGACAAGCUCCCAGAGGUGCAGUUUUUUGGCGCCAGCACCCUCCACACCAAGAUAUCCCGUAACUGGAUUGACCUCCCUACAGAUCAGCAUGAGAGCCUAAGGAUGCAGCUCCUCUCUCACAUCCUGCACUUCUCCUCAGGACCCAAAAUGGUGCUCACUAGACUGUGUGUAGCUCUGGCUGCUAUGGCUCUUCACUUAAUCCCACAGGCUUGGUCCCAGCCCGUGGCAGACAUGGUGAGAGCCUUCCAGCCACAGAAGCCUGACUCUGAGGGAGCAGAGCCCACACAGGAACCCCACGCACACUGCCUGGCUCUGCUGGAGCUCUUAACUGUACUUCCAGAGGAGUUUCAGAGCAGCCGACUGGCUCAGGCUCGCCGUGCCCAGCUGAGGGAGGCUCUGGCUGGGGAGUGGGUGGUGGUGUGUCCCCUGCUGCGCCAGCUGCUCCAAAGCCAGGACUCCUCGGUGCAGGUGAAGGAGAAGGUACUCCGCUGCCUGUCAAGCUGGGUGGGGCUGGAUGUGCCUUUAGGGGAGAGUCAUGAACUGGUACAAGACUGUUUCCCUGCACUGUCAAACCCUGAGCUGUUUGACACAGCUGUGGAGACGAUAGUCAAUGCCAUCUCACAGCCGGAUUGCCAGAGGUACACUGAUGCUUUGGUGAACUUGAUGCCUUUGGUGCUGGGUCUCCAUGACCAGCUGAAGACAGCGGCUCAGGAUGGGGACAUGGAGACCUCACAUGGCAUCUGUCGUAUUGCUGUAGCCAUGGGGGAAACACACUCCAGGGUUUUGUUGGAACAGGUGGAGCACUGGCAGGAAUACCUGGCUUUAGUUAACAUGAUUCUGUUCUGUACCGGCAUCCCGGGGCACUAUCCUGUCAGCGAGACCACAAGCUCCCUUACUCUCACAUUCUGGUACACUCUGCAGGAUGACAUCUUGUCAUUUGAGGAGGAGAAGCAAGCCAUUUACCUGCAGGUCUACAGACCAGUUUACUUCCAGUUGGUAGACGUGCUACUGCAUAAAUCUCACUACCCCUCCCAGGAGGAGUACGCCUCCUGGUCGUCUGAUGACAAGGAGCAGUUCAGGAUUUACAGAGUGGACAUUUCUGACACUCUGAUGUAUGUGUAUGAAAUGUUGGGGGCAGAGCUGCUGAGUAACCUUUAUGACAGACUGGGCCGACAGCUGAUGGACCCCCAGCAGUCAGCAGUAUGGCAGGACACAGAGGCCCUGCUGUUUGGCUUCCAGUCCAUAGCAGAGACAAUAGAUGUGAACUACUCAGAUGUUAUCCCUGGUCUCAUCGGUCUCAUUCCCAGAAUCAACAUCAGCAACGUCAUGCUGGCAGACACCGUCAUGUACACCAUAGGCUCCUUGGCUGAAUGGCUGGCUGACCAUCCAGUUAUGCUGGGUGGUAUAUUACCCAUGGUGCUUCAGGGCCUUGCAAAGCCUGAGCUUUCCAUAUCCAGUGUUUCCACUCUGAAGAGGAUCUGCAGGGAGUGCAGACACGACCUCGGCCCCUACGCUCAGGACAUCCUGACCGUGUCCCAGGAUGUGCUGGUAAAAGAAAUCCACAAGAGCAGCCAGUGCAUGUGGUUGAUGCAGGCUCUGGGUUUCCUGCUCUCCGCUCUGCCUGUGGAGGAGAUUCUGCUCAGACUUCACUCCCUCAUCACGCCUCAUGUUCAGCAGCUCGACUCACUCUCACAACAAGAGGCUAAUCCUGCUACCAAAGCGUCAAUAAUCCACAUCCUAGGGAUGCUUUCCAGUCUCUUCACCACUCUGGACAUCAGACAGGCAGACGGCUUAGAGGGAGCAUCCAGCCCGAGACUCACUCCCUCACAGAGUGCUCAUAAUCCAGUUGUUGUUGUGCUACAGCAAGUGUUCACGUUGAUUCAGACCAUCCUCAGCAAAUGGCUCGAUGACUCAGAGGUGGUCGAGGCGGUGUGCGGGGUCUUUGACAAGUCAGUUCGAACCCUCCUACACGAUUUCGGUCCGAUGGUUGCUCAGCUGAGCGAGAUGCUGGGGCAGAUCUACAGCGCCUUCCCACAAUCCUCUGCCCUGGACCUUGCUCGGCAGAUGGUUCACAUAUUUGCAGGAGAGGAACAGCACAUCUCUGACAUCAAAAGUCUGAUCGAGGUGUUGACUUCGGCUACACUCACCAUAUUUCAACAAGGUCCAAGGGAUCAUCCUGAUAUUGCAGAAUCAUUUAUGCAACUUCAUGCCCAGAUCCUUAAGAAGAAGCCUGAUGUUUACCUGUCUGACCAACUGGAUGUUAAAGCUCUGUUUUACUGUGGAAUUCUAUCUCUCAAGUUUCCUGAGACUCCCACUGUUAAAGCUGCCAGCCUCUUCUUUACAGAGCUGCUGCCUCGAUGCAAAGACGCUCCCUCGCUUGGUGAAGUGCUGCAAAGGGAUGGAAAGAUCCUGACAGAAACAAUACUCCACGCGGUUGGAGGUGGGUCUCCUCGCAGUCUGACCGAGCACUUCUCUGAUGUACUGCUGAGUUUGAACAGACACUGUCCAGCUUUGCUUGCUCAGUGGCUUAAAGAGACACUGCAGAGUCCAGGAUUCCCCUCUGCACAGGUCUCCACAGAGCAGAAACACAACUUUAGUCAGCAGCUUCUUAGGGAGCAAACCAACAAGCGUCGUGUGAAGGAGAUCGUGAAGGAGUUUUCUCUGCUGUGUCGGGGUCUGCAGGGGUCUGGAUACUAGAAUAAUACACUGAAAAUAUACAACCAAAAUGUGAAUUUGUUUUUAUUAUAAAUAUCCCCUACACUGUGGGGCUUUUUACCUGGGCAGGUGACACUGGACUGAUUAAACCAUGCUACUGAACUGAUGCAAAAACACAUUAAGUGGACUGUUAUCAGGAUGAGUUAACUGUGUGUCGUGUUUGUAUUAAAAUGACUUUGUAAGGAUUAAAAGAAAGAAAAAAUAUCACAAAUAAACAUUUUGUUCUUUAACAGCU